AUGCCCUUCAUUGUGACUCCUGAAGGAAAAAUCCUGGCACAGUCUGGUACAAUUAUGAAGUACAUCUGCAAAAAAGGAGGUGAUGUAUUAAACGUAAUUUGUUAAUCACCAUAUCAUUCCUGCCGUAGUCUUUCAGCAAGCUCUCCGAUUCGAGUAGGGAGGGGAGCGCUCGUGUGUCCUUUCGCCGGCGUGCAGUUCUCGCGUGGCUUUUCGCGACGCCCCCAAAAGCAGAGCUGGCUCGCAGUCUACUCCUGCUCAUUAGCCUCCCACGCAGACGUCAGUUUAGGAGCUUCGUCAUGCGUUCUUUCCCCAAGGAAAACGAAACCCUAACAACGUCCGCGUAGCGGGCUACCUGCCGAUAUAGUUUAUAAAAGUUUAUUUUCAAGUUUCUUUUUCUCUCCAUUGGAGUCAUUCAUUCAUUCAAGGAUCCAUCCAUCCAUCCAUCCAUCCAUCAAACUGCCCGUCCGUUCGUUCGCUCGUUCGUUCAUCAUUCUUCCGUUUUCCAUUUUUUCUCUUUCUUUCUUUCUUUCUUUCUUUCUCUCUCUCUCUCUUUCUCUCUUUUCUUUUCUUUUCUUUUUUUUUUCUUAUUCCUUGUCUCUGUGUCUUUUUUUCUUCUUUUCAUUCUCUCAGUUCUAUUGGGUGAUGCCAACUCGGUCUCUAUUUUGUUGUUACAUUUUUCUUUUAUUCCUUAGUUGUACUGUGUUUAGUUGCCUAUGUAAAUUUAACCUUUAUGUCAUGCAAAACUCAGGGGCACCCAACGACAAUUUUCGGGAAAAUAUCUGUUCGGAAGACGAUUUGAGAUCUAGAAUUUUCGGAACAUUUGUUGUAAAAUUUCUUGCUUGCUUGCCUCUCCUAGGAUUUUCGAACAUCUAAAAAAUGGUAAAAUUGCCCAUCUUCAACGGAUUUUUACCCUAAAAAGGUCACCUAGAAUUUUCGGGAGCCUUUUUUCAGGCUGAAAUUUCCGAACAGGUAAGUUUUGAUCCCUAUAAUUUUCGGAUCACUAGCCUUUCAGCUGGGAAAUCCGAACAGAUGAAAAAUUAUAGGGGAUAAAAAUAUGCCCAUAUCCACCGUUUAAAUACUAAAACACGUUUAACAAUGCUAUGUUUAAGUGGUUUUGAACUAUAUUCUCGUUGGGUGCCCCUGAAAACUGCAGAGCUGAUUUUAAUAAAUUAUCUUGUCUUCUUGCUUUUUGUUAGUUAAUUAGAAGGCGAAUGCUGGACUAGCUUUCAUUUUUACUUAUAGUGAUUAGGUUUGUGCCCAGCUGACAGUUUUGAUGAAGCGACAGCGGAUAUGAUCAGUGAUGGAGUUACUGAUGUAUUUAAGCAAUUUAGCCAGAUAUUAUAUGAGAAAGACGAAACGAAGAAGGUAAUGCGAAAGUUAAUGUCCGUUUCAGUACUCCACAUACAGAGCGUGUCAGGUUUUACUCCUGAGACUGCAAAUCAGUCGGUCUUUUUCUUUACAUCGGUUUUGCAAAGCGCUUCGGGCUAUAUUAGGGAGUUAGAGCGACGACGUCUUUGAGCGACGCACGUCAAUCGGAAGUGAACUUUUUGCAAUGUUGGGUCGUGAGUUUGAACAAAUUUUCUAGCAGAUCGUCUCUAUCAGAAUAAAGAUAUUGAGUGACCGCUCGCGUUGUAGGCAAAAAUACGGGCUAUUUUGCAGUCUAGAUUUACUCAAGAUGCCAGUUCCGACCCUCAGUGCCAAACAAUGCUUAAUUCGCUGAGGUGAGAAUUAAACAAGGUCUUCAAAGGUAUUUUCGGGAUUCGGGAAAACGCAAAAUUUCUUGACGGGAAACAGGAUUGUAAAGCUACCCUGGAAGCGGGAUUCGCCAAAAUUUAAGCACAAGGUGCGGGAUGGUUUUGCUUGUAUGUUGUGAAUUCGGGAAAUCAUACGUUUGAGCUGCAAAUGCGAAUCAACCGGGCGUGGGUUGAGUUUUGUCACCUUUCAAACCAAACUAUGAAGUGUGCCUUGUUUGUUUUUUGUUUAUGGAAACAAAAGAGGGAUUCAGGAAAGCGAUAUGGAAAAAAAAUAGCGGGAAGCGGGAUUUUCUUCAAAAGGGAGCGUUUGUGUGGGAUCAGGACCCCCACCCCCUUGCAGACCGUGAUUGGAGUAAAAUGCUUGGCUAAAAGAACGUGCUUCAUAUAAUCACAUAAUCGCGUUCGCGUGGCAUAAAAAAGUGUAAAUAAGGCAUAUAAAAUUAAGCCAGGACAGUUCGGGAUACUUAUUACUUCGUUAGUUCUCUCUGUUCUAAGGAAAUGCUUAAAGUGAUUUUCAACAAGUCAUUAAACACAUUCAUCAAUAAACGUUUUACCCACAGAAAAUGGUAUCUUUCUAAUGUAACGCUUGACAAGCAAGAAAGAAACUUAUAGUUUUAGCGGUAUAAAACAUCCAUAGAGGUUACCGAUCCAAAUACAGUAAACUCUCGCCUUGCAAACACCCCGCGAUAACGGACACCCUAAUAAUACGGAGAGCAUCUGAAUCCCAAGCAAAAAACUGAAUAACAUUACAGAAGUUUGACUGAAAUAAAAUCCCGUUAUUACGGACUCUCACUAAUGAGGACACUAAGUUGAGGUCCCUACAGUGUCCGUUUUAAAAGGAGCUGACUGUUGUAAAGCCCCAAAAAGUAGGUCAGUCGCCUAGCCGCCGGUCAUUUACUAUUGCAGAGACCUCUAAAUUUUAAACAGAAAGUAACCUUGUUCAGUCGUAGCAGCCUUAAGAGAACACCAUUGGGAAGCAGAGAAAACGGACUGUUUGUUUCUGAAGCUGGCCACUUACGGGAAAGGGACUUGUAAACGAAGAUUUUACGCGGGGUUUUAUUAACUAAAGAUUGUCGUAAGUCCCAGGGGGAAGCUAAAGGUACUUAUUACUCGACAAGUAAUUUUACUGGUGGGCACCGCCCCGAGGUCCAACCCUUCAGUCAUUUUUAAGACCCUGGGCCGGUUCCUGAAAGGCCGGUUAGCGCUAAUCCGGGAUUAAACUUUUGUUCCACUUUUUUUCUAUGGGGCUCCCCCCGGGCCGUAAGUAGAGUCGUCUCGUUGCCAAGGUGUCCGUAAAUUAUUAAGGAAUUUGACGUGUAUUUCUCAGUUGUUCUCCGUGUACAAUCCCGUAGGUUUUACUCCAAAUUCUAUUUCCCAGAACUUAGUGUUAGUGAUCUAUGAUUUGUUUUGCUUUAAAUAUAAAGGAGGAGAUAAGAAAGGAGUUUUAUGGAACGACGCUUCCUCCCCGACUCGAGAAAUUUGAAGCUCUUCUCAAAAACAGGGAUGAAGGCAAGGGCUUCUUUCUGGGCGAAAAGGUAAGAUUAGAAGAAUGCGCAAAGUGUGCCAAGGGAUUAGGCCUGCUUAGAACACUAACGAGUAUAGUAAUUAAGUCAUAAAUAAAACGAUGAUAGCCGUCGAAUUCAGCCGUCUCACCUCGUUCUCGCCACAAGGGACGCGUCCCAAGCGGUGAUCGAGAAGCGAGAAGAGACGCCUGUAUCUGCAGGCUAAAACGAUGACCGCUCCCUGAGCCUUCACCCGGUCCCAAAGAAAGUCUUUUCUAAAAAUUUUAAAAUACGGCAACGUCAGCACAUUUUGCAUGAUACUGAGCAGCAUGACUUCCUGGCGUGACGUCAUCCCUUCUGUUACUGAACCUGAGUCACGUUACGUCAUUGUGUGACAACCGAGUUAUAUCAAGAUGAUCGAUUGAGACAUUCUCUCUUGUUAAAAAAAUUGUUUCUUAAAGUUAUUUGUGUAAAUUUGGUACCCGUCAGGCGUUUCAUCAGCGAUUUUUAAUAGGGAGUUUAAGAUGCUAUGAUAAUGACGCAGCAAAAACGUCAAAAAACUAGUAGGUUCAGUGAAUAGGCACGGCAACAACUCCGCUUGUGUAGCACACUUUUUGGUACAUUUCUUUCCCGUCAUCACUGCACGUUUACGACGCCGUGGAAAUGCCUAAUUUCACUUUUUAACGUAUGGUAAAACGAUCAUCCAAAACGUGUAACAAAUCAUGUUGCUGCAAGUUUCGUGAAUACUGACUUUUGAUUGGAUAAAAUUACGCGGAAGUCACGCCAUACACGGGAGUUACGUCACCUGCUUAAGAGCGAGAUUGCCUUGGUCGGUAAAACGCGCAACAUGGACAGAUUUUGUUGCAAAAAGUACAACUACUCUCUACUUUCUGCAGCAACUUUUUGGAAUCUGCAACAACCUGAUUUGUUGAGAUACAGGUUUCAACGUGAGUGGUAAAACGCGCAACAUCGCCCCUUCAACUCGUUUUGAAGCAAUGUUGCUACACAAGUUGCACGUUUUUCUUGCCCGUUUACCGUACUUUUAUAGACAACGUAAACAAGGAGCUACAAGGGACGACGAACUAAUCUUUCUCUCGGUUCAACUUGGAUAUUGUUCUUAGGAAUUUUAACACCAGAAGGGUUCGCUUGCGUUAGACAAAGUAAGUGAUUGGAAUAAUCGCUGAUAUGGAUUGAAAAAACGCGAAUUCACUUCUUUUAAAGCGAAGUAUUCGUCGCCGCCGCAAGCGUGAUAUCUUAAACGCCCUACAGGCUUCUGUAGGUAUCCUCCCCGUCGUUCCAGAAGUCAUGAAAAACCCCGCUCUAAAUGGGCGGGUAAUUGGAGUAUCCUUUUGAUCAAAAGUAGUAUGUGAGAGAGUAUGUGUUUGGGCCUUGGGAUGAAUCUUAAUCGUGUCAUGCAUGAAGCGUUAAUUUUCUAUAAUAUACAACUAUCCCCCGAAGGGGAGGUGAAUAGUGGUGUGGAAAAAAAACCGCCACGCGAAGCGCUGUUCACCGACCCUGAGGGGGAUAGUUUCUGUAAAUUAAAAACGUCACUUAGUAGGAACUUUGUUUACAAUUUACAAACAUUUCGGGGAUUAAGUGUAUUUUUACGAUUUUGUUGCAAAUUCAGCAUGAAAAUAAUUGUCUACCUACCAGUAAAUACCGACAAACCAAAGUUCUUUUUUUUUUUUGGUAUUUGUUUGUACGACUGCUUCAUUUAUCGCUUAAAUUUCGUGUUACGAAAAUGUCUCGAAGUGAGACGCCAUCUUGGCUCCGGUCGCAAAACAGUUAAUAGCCAAGGAUAUUCUGAGUUACGGGAGCCAAUCAAAACGCGCGAAAAGUGUUAUUCACUGAUUUGGUGAAAUACUAAAACACUAUUAAUAGCAGCUCAGAUAGCCACCACCACAAGCUAUUCAGUAUAGUGUGAGCAUAGCCGAAUACAUUAUGUGCGUUUACACAGGACACUUUUUAUUUACCGUGGUAAAUGACCCUUUUACCUUGGGAAAUUGCCUCGGUGCAUGUGACCAGACUUUCCCGAGAUAAAUUUACCAUGAGAAAUAUCCAUGGUCACGUCAAAAAGAGCAAAGAAACCGCCGAUGAUAUUAAACUUGGUAAAAAGCUAGGGUUUUUCUAUACCUAAGGCAAAACAGCCAAACAGGUUUCUUCAAUAUAAAACCGCAAAAAAUUGCUUUUUUAAACGGGUGUCUUUCGCACUGUUGAGAGAAAGAUCGAUGGUGACGUGUCAGAUUUCACGUUAAGAUGAAAGAAUCAGGGGGAUUUUAAGGCAAAAUUUUGAACUGGUUUGUUGGGAUAGAUUUAAAAACUAUAUUUCCCAAAAAUAUGUUUCUUUCCUGGUAUCAAACCGUGGGAUGCAGCUGAACUGUAAAAUCGAACUAUGUACCUUCGCUAAAUUAUCAUGAAUAACAUACCAGUUGAAAGUUCAGCUAUAAAAUUAUACGUAUAUUUUCAUCAUAACAUAAAAUACUACAAUUUUCUACGGUGAUUAUUACCGUUUAUAAUUGCCCGAAUGAAGCCUUACACUGAAAGCGGCUUAAAUACUUUAAUAGGAACUAAACUAAACCAACGUUAAACUUACCACGGCUUCGUGGGAAAUGCCUUUUACCUGAGGCUUACAGCACACACUCAGAAGAAAGGUUACCCCAAUCCUACGCCCCUGGCGUAACUGCGAUUUUUUUCUGUUUCUUAUCUGCAGCUGAGCCAUGCCGACAUCAGUUUCUUUGACCUCUUUAACAGCUUCUAUUCGAAGGGUAAAGAGGAUGUUCCUGGGGAACUUGAGAAGUUCCCGCUCUUGGUGGAGCAUUAUAAACGGGUGUUAAACGUGCCCGAAAUAAAUGAGUGGGUAAAGAAACGCCCUGCUAGCGAAUUCUAA